GACAGGUGCUCCUACCGCAUCGUAUAGUACCGGGAGAUCGGCUGAGCUAAGUAGAACAGAUAUCAGUCUACAACAGAUCUUUGCCGCGUAAAGACCGACUCUCUUAGUCUUAUUACAUCAUUAUACAUACAUAUAUAUAUUUAAACAUAUAUAUAUAUACAUUGCUGCACAACUACUGCAGAUUAUAUCGUGCGCUGUAAACUCUAUGAAUUUAAUAACUAUUACUACAGAGAUAUGUAAUGAAAAUUAUAAUUAAAGCGCGUAAUAUUUUGUUCUUCUAAAUAAAUAUAUAAACAGGCAUCAUUACCUUACAUAUAACGUUAUAAUUGUUACGUUAUUAUUUUAUACCAACGGUUUCAAUGCGAUAUACUUAAAAGACUGUCUUUUAAAUGACCAAUUGGAGGAGCUACGCGCUCCGAGAAACAUAGACUGAUCGUUUUCACAUAAUCGCUUAACCGAUUGGCAUUAAAAAUCGUUUUGACAUCUAUGCAUUUGCUUUCAAUUAGCCCAAGCUGUCAGUGAAAAUUAAGAAAAAAUAUAUAUACAUAUUCUUAUCAAUGUCUAUUCCCGCAUGACUCUUCUCAGGCGCGCGGUGAUGCUGUGAGUUAUGUAUGUGAUGAAAAAAUUAAAAAAUUGAUGAGUAAAUAGGAGAAAAUAUAUAAAAAUAUAUUUAUACGUCCGUAUAUCAUAUCAUUGAUAUUUGAGGAGAAGAAAUAAAAGUGUUGUCGUGCUGUCUAAUGAAAAAUAAUUUCAACAAUAGUAUAACAUAAUAAUUGCAACAGUAUAUAAAGAGAAGAGUAAAGAAAUAAUACGGAAAUCAUCGUCGCUGAAUCAGCCCAAUUACAAGGCGUAAUUAUAAAAUAAAGUCGAAGAUAGAUAAAAAGAAGAAGGAAAAGGAAAAAGGAAAAAGCAAUAGCGGCGGAAUCAGCAGCUCUUUCGUCGAGGUAUAUACGUGCAGAGAGGAAGUCGCUGAUCGUUGCUGCCGGUAUGCGGCACGCGAAGCCGCAAAGCUCCGGGUAAAACGAGGAAGCGCCUUAGCGCCCGCACUCACGAGGAAAACUUGUCGUGGGGCUGGGAUCUCCAGGAUGCCAGGGUUGUUCAAGUUGCUAAGCUUGCUGAUCUAUACGGUGAUUGGCGUGCAGAACGGUGAGUCUAGCAGCGACGUCUGGCCCCUGGAGCGGCCGGACGGUAUGCCAGCUAUUGAAUCUCUCGAAGUAAUGUGCGGGAAAGAUCACAUGGACGUACAUCUUUCCUUUUCGCAUCCCUUCGAGGGGAUUGUAUCCUCUAAAGGUCAACACGCCGAUCCUCGUUGCGUUUAUGUACCGCCUUCAACAGGACAAACCUUCUUCUCCUUCCGGAUAGCGUACGCGAGAUGCGGUACGAAACCGGAUAUGCAUGGACAAUUUUACGAAAAUACCGUUGUCGUACAAUACGACAAAGAUUUACUGGAGGUUUGGGACGAAGCUAAACGACUUAGGUGUGAAUGGUUUAACGAUUAUGAAAAAACCGCAUCAAAACCACCCAUGGUUAUCGCAGAUCUAGACGUCAUACAACUCGAUUUUAGAGGAGACAACGUAGAUUGCUGGAUGGAAAUUCAGCACGGUAAAGGCCCCUGGGCUCCGCCAGUUUCUGGUAUUGUUCCGCUAGGCUCCACUCUCACCCUUGUAAUCGCUAUCAACGAUUACAGAGGUGAAUUUGACAUGAGAGUGAAGUCCUGCGUGGCGUCUAACGGACGUGGUCAUAAAAUUCAACUAAGCGAUGAAUUUGGAUGCGUAUUAAGGCCGAAAAUGAUCAGCCGCUUUUUAAAAGCUCGAGGAUCUGACGACCGCGCUACUGUUAUCACGUAUGCCUUCUUCCAUGCGUUCAAAUUCCCGGACGCUCUCAGUGUCCACAUCAAAUGCAAGGUAGAGAUCUGCAGGCACGGAUGUCUGGAUCACUGUCAACUGGACGGUCAAGUGAGUCAUUAUGCUCAGAAACGUAAAGAUCAUAUAGCACCGUCGAUUUUGACGUACACAGCGGCAACGACGACGACAUCGGACGAAGAGGACGCGUCGCUAUAUGAAGACAUAAUAGAAAACGGUGGAGGAAUGUCACCAGGCGUACAGGAUCAGUCCCAGUUUCCGUUGGUCAAUGAAAAAUCAGCGACAGCACCAAAAGCGGAAGCUCAAACGAGUCAUCGUCUUCCUGCACCAAUUGUCGAACCACAACAAGAGGAUACAGAAUCCUUGAGUCAGUCGUAUCCAUUUUUGGAACCUCUGCGACGUCUUCAGGACCACGGAUCAACCGAAGAAAAGUUUCCUCACGGUCCUAGAAAUUUGGAGAAAGAUUCUUCGGUGGAGUCUUUAUCACCUGCGGUUGCAUCGCCUGUCGCCAAUAGGCAAAAGAGAUCGGUUGUGGUUUCAGAUCGUAAAGCUAGAAGUGCUGACGUUGGAGUCAGCGGACUUUACGAAGUUAUUUCUGAGGCAGAUCUUGCUUUUAGUCCUGACACCCACGCAGAAGCUGUAACCGUAUUUCAGGGUAGAAUAAGGGAGGAAGUUGUCUACGGAAUAUGUCUUCCCAUUCCUGGAUUCAGCGCCCUGUUUGUCAUAGUAUCAUUGUCCGCUGUAAUAUCUGCUCUAAUUGCUGGCGCCAUGUUACAUCGGCUACAAAUGCAACGUGAGGUCGUCGCAGUUAGCCAAGAAGGAACAGCGGCUGUAGCAACGCAUCGAUGGCUCGCUUAUCGGUUGUUACGAGUACGUCGACUAAGCCAGAUGCAACCGCAGUUGAAUUUAAGUCAAACCCAAAGUCAGUCACAGCAGUCUAUUGCUACUACGGUGGAACAGGGUUGACAGGGGAGGUAUAGGACUAAGGGAUUAAAAUAUAUAUUAUUAUAUGCUGCAGCCGGUUUGAUAAAUGAUGAGAUCUGUGAGAGACGAUUCACGAUAUGCAAUAUACUGUACAAAGUACCCUAAACGCCUAGUAUAGUAUGAUGAAUUAGGUAUAUGAGGAGAAUAUUUAGGAAUAUACAUAUUCCACGAUAUCUCUGAGUAAGUAAAUGAUUUAUAGUGUAUUAUUAUUAUGUUAUUAUGUAUUAUUAAAUUUUAAGUAUGAUAUAAGUGUUCAUUUCUUUUUAAUAAUUAAAUAAUACAUCUCCCUUCAACAUUUCGUAAUAUCCUUUAAUUUUGUUUGAUUGUUGUAAAAUACAAAAAACACGAUUCUAUACCUGCACAAAAUAUUUUUUUGUUACUCUCAUGAUUAAUAUCAUUAUAAUUAUAAAAAUCAUUAUCAGUAUCAGUAAUUCGAUAUCUAUCGUUGCCUUAUUUUUCCACCGUGGCAGCAUUGACGAUAUAAUCAUUUUCUGGCAAGCAAUUAAUUUUCAAGUAAUCAAUCAAUUCGAUGCAUUAAUUCGAUGAUAAAUAAUUUUGAAAUAAUCCGUCGCGCGCUUUGCGGCAAAAGUAGUUCGCAGGAUCGCGACGUACAGCAGCACUUUCUGGGCCGAUUAAAUAGCUCUGCAACUUUAGUUCCAUUCAGCCUUAGUUCCUCUCAGACAGGUUGAAAAUUAUUCAUUUGUUCCCUCUUCGAACAUUAUUCGAACGGUUGUGAUCAACAUCGGCUUUUUCUUAUUAGAGUUUACUAUGUGAAAAGUGUGUGAUUUAGUAAUGUGUUGGUGGAUUAGAAUUACAUGCAGUUCAAGAACGAGUGAAUAGUACAAGAAUUAUUUAUUUAAAAAAAUAUACAUGAACAGUUUGUCUAUCCACAAUUAACAAUUCCAUUGCUCACACGAGUGCACUCUUAAGGUGAUGUGAUCGAAUCAUUGUAAGUAUAAUUUGAGAUUGCUGAAUUCAAUAAUGAUCGUUUACAAAGUACGUGAUAAUGAAGAGCUUAUUAUUUCGUAUAUUAGUUUUUAUUAAGAUUAUUUUAUAGAUGCACCAUGAUUUAUCAUCACUAAUAAUUUGGCGAAUAAAUCGAUGAUGUAUUUAUACAAUAUUCGAUCGUAUAUUCAAACGAUGCACGUAUCAAAUCCAUCUGACACUGUGACUUUACUGUACAUAAUGUGAAACACAACGCAGUGGUAGAACUAAUGAAUUUUAUACUAAUGUGAAUUAGUACGAACCGAUUAAAUUACUAAAAUCUGAUAGUACCUAAUCUUUUGCACAAUAAAUGUUGAAGCCUAUGUCAUUGUCUAUCA